AUGAAAGCCAUGUCAAGCUAUCAACAACUUCUUUCUGAGAGGAAAAAUGCAUUGGAAGAUAGUGGUGUGAAGGCGCUGCCAGUUUCUGGCCAUAGCAACGCGUGCAGCGUCACACCUGGUCAAGUCAAUGGUGGAAGCAGCAUUGAUGGGCAUUCAACGCAAUCAAACGAUGGACACCAUGCCAAUUCGUCGGAUCCAAGUGGCAAUAUUAAUUACCAUCUAGAAGUGACUAUUGGUGAGAUCGAUUCAGUCACACGUGAUCAAGUGAAUACAACGAGGGGUGCUGAUGAGCAGUCAACGGAACCAAGCGAUGACCGUCAUUCCAAUUCAUCGGAUCCCAGUGGCACACUUAAUGAUGGACUAGCGUCCCACGAACAUAGCACCACCUUGAACAGACUUGAGCGGGGUGACAUUAUUCCACUUAGGCAACCCACCUGCAAAUGGCGCAGAAAUGAAUGUGCACCAGACCCAGAAGCUAUAAACAGAUUCUGUUCAGAUGAAGGUGGAGAAGAAGGGAAAAGCGGCGGAAAUGAAGGGCAUGAAAAUAAUUACGAUCCCGACUGCAAAGAUGAUCAUCCGCAAUGUAUAGAGGCGAAACAUUACAUUUGCGAACAGCAAGAAGAACUCGCGGCAGAAAAAUGCAGGAAAACGUGUGGAUAUUGCGGAGGUGGAGGAUUCACGCCUGCUCAAGUCGAUCGAGGAACCAGCAUAGAUGAGCAGUCAACGCAACCGAAAGAUAACCUUCACGCCAAUCGGUCGCAUGGAAGUGGCAUUACUAAUGACAAUCUUGAAGUGACUCCUCGUGAUAUUCAUAGCGAUAUCGAUUCAGUCACGCUUGGUGAAGUCGAUCGAGAAAGCAGCAUCGAUGAGCAUUCAACGCAACCAAGUGAUAACCGUUCCAGUUCAUCGGAUCCCAGUGGCAUAUUUAAUGAUCGACUAGCGUCCCACGAACAUAGCACCACCUUGAACUAUUCACCUGGUCAAGUUGACCGAGCAAACAGUGCUGAUGAGCCGUCAGCGCAAAAGAAUGAUGACCGUCGUUCCAGUCCAUCGAUAAUGGCAAUCUAG